AUGCCACUCAACACUCCCGCCCUCACCACCCUUCUCGCCUCCCUCACAUACCGUCCAGGCCUCGUCGUCCCUCACCUUACCAUCCCGAACCUCUCGUACCUCUCUUGGCAGCACGCCCAUUCCCUAGGCGUUCGAUCCAUAGUCGUAGACAAGGACAAUUGCCUUACCGCGCCGCGAUCCGACUCGUUGCAUCCGGACCUGGCGCAGAGCUGGAAGGAGUGUCUCGAAGUCUUCGGUCGAGAGAAUGUGCUCAUUGUAAGCAACUCGGCAGGUUGUGCUGGGGAGACGGUGGGGGCUCAGGUGGUUAGUAGGGAGCUGGAUGGGGCAACCGUGCUCGUACAUCAGGAGAGGAAACCGGGCAAAAGGUGCACGAGACAGGUUGUCGAGUAUUUUGAGGGAGUGGCUGCGGCGGGAGAAUCAAACGCAGAGGCUUCUUCGUCAACCUCAACCCCUUCUCCGCCUGCGACACCACCUGCCGGGCUGCUCAGGAGGUUGCUCAGCGCAUCUUCGUCCUCCUCUUCGCCAUCACGACCCCUCGCCGGGCAUAUCCUCGUCAUCGGAGAUCGCAUUACGACAGAUACAGUCCUAGCACAUCGCAUACAGGACGUCUUGCGACGUAGCCAGCCCACAGCAUCUUCCGCUUCGGCAAUUGGCUCAUCAAUAGCUCCACAAGCAGUCGCAAUUCUCACUACUCAUCUCUGGGCCCACGAAGGAGCACGUAAUGCUUUCAUGCGCCGCCUCGAGCGGUGGUUACGUACAGCCUAUGUGAGAAGAGGGAUCAAACCGGGCCAGGUGGGCUGGAGGGGCACGGCUGCAGCGACAGUGGAAGAGAGGCAGGGGCAAUGGUGGAGGGGCAUCACCAUGGGACCGCCGGAAGAGUAUGAACCUACGGGGGCGCGGUCCGCUCCUAUUUCUGCAGAAGGAGCAACAGAGGCAGCAGCAGCGGAGGUGCCACAACGGCCACCGCCUCUGAGGGACCCAACCCUCUCGGUUCUCCUCUCUUCGAGAGUGCGUCGCCUUUCAUUCCUCCCUCACGGCGUGCGCUCCAUCCUCGCCGGUGUUGUCAGCAGCGAUUUGCUCAGCCGUACCGCCGCCUUCUUCCGAGAUGGUUGGCUGCUCAUCUUGCGAGGCUGUCGGGAGGGGCUUAACAGGCCGGGCUUGGUCUUCGGACAGGAGGAGCAGGUGCAGAGGAGACGGAGGCAUACGAUGGGUAGAGAGUUCAGCGGGAUGGGCGCUCAGACGGGGCAAACGCGCCCACGAGCGGACGAGUGGACUGCGAGCACGCCGUCAGCACGGCGCUCCUACUCGACGAGGCCAUCGCCUCCUUCCAAUAGCAGCGCAGGGCGUACCAUGCCUCGACCCUACCUUUGGGGCACCCUGGCAGCAAUGGUCCUCCUUCCCGGAGCCUUCAUUUUCGGCACCUCCCUGAGCUCGCGCGAGGAUGAGGCUCGUACAGGCGAGGCCGCUGAGGUGGACGCAGCAGUCAAGCGUGACGAGGCCGCAGCCAAGUCACAAGCGGAGGUGACUGGGGAGACAGAUAGGACGAAACAGGCAGAGCAGAGGCAGCGUCAUUCGAGGUUGGGCGAGUUGGAGAAGCGAAGAUAUGAGAUUGAUGAGGGACUGCGGGAUGUCGAGACUAAGAUUGCUGUGAUUCGAGGAAGAAUGGAGAGGGAGAGAGCGGGGCGAAGAGAAGAUGUGCAGAAGUGA